GAUGUCUGGAUGACUGGGUACCUACCUACCUACCUUGUCUUGGCUAUUCACUGGGACUAGACUCUGGUAGACACACAUACAUACAUACAUACAUACAUACAUGUUUAUAUCUGGAGUUUUGUGCUGGAGAGGAAGGAAAGGGGAGUUUUGGCGUCGGUUUUUGUUUUGGGGGAGGUUUUGUUGCUGUGGUUACAUGUUCAUUUCCAGGGGCGUCUUGUUUGUGUUCCUGCUCUUGCUUUCAUGUGCCUACAUUAUGUAUGGUAUCGAAGUUUACAUAUCAUGUCAGAGGUUAAUGAUAAUUUUGAGGAAUUACGAGAAGUGUUGUCACUUGAUCGCGAAGAGUUUCUGAGUUUUUUUUGGUUCCGUGUGCUUUUUUCUUUUUUCUUUCAGGGGGCUUUACGAGUGAGUGAGUGAGUGGGCCAGCGGCUAUGUUUGUCUGUCUUGUCCUGUCUUGAUUCCAGCUGCUGAGGUUCACAAUAAUGGACGGAGG